CCCUAGUGUGGCAUAGACAUAACUUGAAGCACUAAUUUAUUUAAAACACUUCCAUAAUUGCAUAUCAGACGUAUAUCUGUUCCACCAAUACAUUUGAUACAAAGCAAACAUCGCCAAUAUGUCGCAAAAGGUUUAUGUCACCUAUAACCAGGUUCACAAGCUAUGCCAAUCUUCGGCUGAUAACAUCCUGAAUAACUUCCACCCCAAUCUUAUGAUUGCUAUCGGCGGCGGUGGAUAUGUCCCUGCCCGUAUUCUCCGGUCUUUCCUCAAACGUGCCGGCGAACCCAACAUCCCCAUUCAAGCCAUUGGUCUGUCACUCUACGAGGAUCUCGGCCGUGGUGAUCCCGAGGAGGUUCCUGGGACUAAGGUGACUCGGACACAAUGGUUGGACCUCAGUUCUCUGGAGAUGGCCAAUCUUAUUGGCAAGAACAUACUUAUUGUCGAUGAGGUCGACGACACCCGGACCACUUUGGAGUAUGCGGUUCGCGAACUUCAGAAAGACGUUGAGGAGGCACAGAAGCAGCUUGGACGAGAGGGCGAAAGGACGAAUUUCUUUGUUUUUGUGCUUCAUAACAAGAACAAAGCUAAGAAGGGAGUGCUGCCUGCGGAUAUGAUGGAUUCUGGCCGCUAUCAUGCCGCUGUCACAACUGAAGAUGUUUGGAUCUGUUAUCCGUGGGAAGCAAAGGAUAUUGACGAACAUGACGCCUUGGCUAAGGAGAACCCUCUCUUCUAAAACUUUUCCUUUAAUCUCUUAUAUGCAUUUGCUUAGUGCCCGUGCAUUUUCGCUUUCAUUUGCUUGCAUAUAGCCCUUUAUUUAUGACCAGAAGCUGGCUGGGCAUGUCACGAUACAAACGGUGUUUUUGACGAUGAUUGAUAGAAAUGGAAUGAAAUAAAUAAAAUAUAUCAGGACCGCUCGAUACACCAAACGGCGCAACUUCUUAGUUGAAGAAAAGGCGGUGCUUACGAUACAAGACGACAGAACAUGUUUCUCUCCUUUCGAAAAUCUAUGUUCCCUAAUUCGGGGACUCCCUUCCCAUAAUUACCCAUCCUUUCCAAUGUUUUCCUUACAACAAUUUAUUGAUCUAAUGGCUAGGCCUUUGGCCUUUCUGAUAUAA